AUGGCGCCCACCAAGCCACAGAAAAAGAGCAGCGGUUUGAAUAAGAGAAAAAGGGCUCCGAACCAGAAAUCUGAGGGCACAACAUCAAGCUCCAGUAAACCAAAAUCAACAUUUAGUCCCAAGAAACUGAAGUUAAAUUCGGGCAGUGCUCAAGGUCAAUUUACGAAGAAUCCUGUUAAAGCGCCUAAGAAGGAUUACGAGAAGCCUGCUGUGAAGAAAGAUGAAGUGGGGGAUUCCAAAAAACUUGCUCGUCUGCGUGCAAAGGAACUAGCCGAGGCAAGAAAAAAGAGGAGGAAGAAGCAUUACUCACUGGAGCAAGAGCUUGCCUUGCUAUGGGAAAAGAUGAGAUGUCGCAGUGUUAAAAAAGAAGAUAGGUCGAGGUUGGUGAGCGAAGCACUAAACAAGAUGAAGGGGAAAGUUUCUGAAAUAGCAAGCUCUCACAUCUCUUCUCGUGUUCUUCAGACUUGCAUUAAACACUGUACACAAGAUGAAAGGAACGAAGUGUUCAAGGAGCUACGUCCUCAUUUUAUAUCUCUUGCAACCAAUACUUAUGCAGUUCAUCUUGUAACCAAGAUGUUAGAUCGUGCACCCAAAGAACAGCUUGCAGAAUUUAUAUCUUCUCUCCAUGGACAUGUUGCCUCUCUUCUUCGACAUAUGGUUGGAUCUCUAGUUAUCGAGCAUGCGUAUAAUUUGGGGAAUGCAACUCAGAAGCAAUCACUUUUGAUGGAACUAUAUUCUCCAGAGCUUCAGUUAUUUAAGGAUUUGGUUACUGGGAAAGAGAGCAGAUUAGAAGAUGUAAUUUCAAAGUUGCAGCUACAGAAGUCAUCGGUCUUACGUCACAUGACAUCUGCGCUUCUACCCAUCCUGGAGAAGGGUAUUUUAGACCAUUCCAUUGUACACAAAGCAUUAAUGGAGUACUUUACUGUUGCAGAUCAGUCUUCUGCCACAGAUUUUAUUCAGCAGCUUUCUGGUCCGUCUCUCGUUCGAAUGAUUCACACCAAGGAUGGAUCUAGACUUGGUAUGCUCUGUAUCAGGCAUGGGACUGCAAAGGAGCGGAAGAAAAUUAUCAAGGGCAUGAAAACCCAUGUAGACAAAAUAGCUCAUGACAAAUUUGGUAGCAUGGUACUUGUCUGUAUCUUUUCGGUUGUUGAUGACACAAAACUAGUGUCUAAGAUUAUAAUUCGCGAGCUCGAAGGGAAUUUGAAGGAGCUUAUUUUGGAUCAGAGUGGUCGCCGCCCUUUUCUGCAGCUUCUCCAUCCUAAUUGUGCACGAUAUUUCACCCCCGAAGAUUUAUCAUCUUUGAGCCUGUCUGUACCAUCCCUAAAAAAUAAGAGUAUAUCGGAUGGUGGUGAAACUGCCGAAGGAGAUGCUGAUGGUGAUAAUGACAACUCUGAUUCAAAUAAACAGCCUAAUGAAGGUGGUAAGAAGGAUUCUUUCAAGCGGAGGCAAGAGUUGCUCGUCAAGAGUGGGCUUGCUGAGAAACUUGUUGAUGCAUGCUGUGAAAUGGCAGAUGAGUUGCUAAGGUCCAAGUACGGGAAAGAGGUUAUAUGUGAGGUUGCUACUGGAGGUGCUGAUAGAAUACUCCACCCGACUUUGGAUGAAAAGUUGGGCCAAUUGCAUGAAGCCAUUGCAUCCAUAGCUUUCCAGCCUAAGGUGGAUGAGCCCGAACAAGAGCACAUUCUCGAACAUUUUCAUUCGAGUCGGGCCAUAAGGAAACUCGUUCUAGACUGCCCUGCAUUUGCUUCGACUCUCUGGGAAAAGGCUCUAAAAGGAAAAUGUGAAAUCUGGUCCAAGGGUCACAGCUCGAAGGUAAUUAAUGCGUACUUAGAGACCUCCGACUCUAUAGUGAAGAAGUUGGCCAAAGACGAAUUGCAGCCUUUGGUAGAGAGAGGCGAUCUGUCAUUACCUGCAGCCGGUGAAUCGGGCAAAAAAGAUUAA